UUUUUUUAUGUUGUAUAUGGUGGGUAAAACUUCUUUGUCUUUGGCAAUGUGAAUCUUACGAAUUAAUAAUCUAGCUCGAGUUUUCCUUCAUUUACUACCAAUAGCAUUACAUCACAUAUCUAAUAUCUCCAAGUCGUCAUGACGGUCUCUAACACAGACCAAAAGAAUAUCGAGAACGGUAAUGACGCACCUAAUGAGAACGAUUCUCGGCUCAAUACUCAGUCAGAAGAUGAAUUCAAGGAGGGCGGCUACGGAUGGGUUGUGAUUUUCGGUGUAUUCAUACUUAAUGCCCAUACCUGGGGACUUAACUCGAGUUAUUCCGUGUUCCUCGCUUAUUACCUUAGAACAGGCACUUUUGGAACUAGCCAGCUCGGAUAUGCCUUCGUUGGCGGGUUAUCUAUCUCCAUAGCGCUUCUCGCCUCCCCAUUGGCAACUUCUCUCGUUGGAUGGAAACGAUGCGGCACGCGACGAACUAUAUUUCUCGGUGUUAUAUUUGAGACAAUUGGGUUUAUCGGCUCCUCUUUUGCAUCGAAACUAUGGCACUUGAUACUAAGUCAGGGGGUGAGCUUCGGCUUAGGCAUGGGUCUCUGCUUUGUCGCCUCUGCAUCUGUCCCCCCUCAGUGGUUUGUAAAGCGUCGGUCGUUCGCCAACUCUAUCGCCGCUUCCGGGUCUGGCUUCGGCGGCCUAUGUUACUCACUAGCGACAAAUGCAAUGAUCACUAACAUUGGUCUGCCUUGGGCCUUUCGCAUAUUGGCAAUCAUCUGUUUCGUGGUAAAUAGCGUCGCCGCCUAUCUCAUCCGAGACCGGAACGCCGCUAUUGGGUCUGUUCAUGUGGCCUUUAACUGGAGCUUGUUUAGGAGACCAUCGUUCCUCUUGUUGCAAGCUUGGAUGGUGCUCUCUCUCAUUGCAUACGUCAUCCUUGUCUUCAGCAUUGUCGAUUAUUGUCAAUCCGUUGGCUUGACUGCCUCUCGGGCCUCUUUAGUAGGAGCAAUAUUCAAUUUAUUCCAGGGACUCGGAAGGCCCAUGAUAGGACUUUCGAGUGACUCUGUUGGUCGUUUGAAUAUUGCUAACCUUUCUACCUUGUUCUGCGGCCUUCUUUGCUUAUUCUUCUGGACAUUCGGCACUAAAACCUUUGCUAGCUGCAUAGUAUUUGCCAUCCUUAGUGGCAGCGUUGCUGGUGUAAUGUGGGCAACUGUUGCCCCCAUAACUGCUGAGGUUGUUGGGCUUGCUCUUAUCCCGUCAGCGCUAUCCAUGACGUGGGUUGUGCUUGUGCUGCCAGCGACCUUUGCUGAGGUCAUCGCCGUGAGCUUAAGGCGGCCUGGAGAAGGGGGUUAUAUCCGCGUUCAGCUCUUCACCGCAUUUUUAUACAUAGGCGCAUUUCUUUUCGGCUGGACUCUCAGAGCUUGGAAAGUCUGGGAAUUGGAGCAAGUGCGGCUCGAAAAAGAAGAGCGCGAACUUGCUAUUCGUGAUGAGGGUGUCUUGUCGUCGGCGUUGGAAAUACAGUCGCAUAAUGGUGACCCAAGGACCCAAUCUUCUCGGAGGCCAUUCUCAAUCAUCAAAGGCCUUUGGGUCAUAGAACGAGUGUAAGAAAGCGAUAAAAGUUUACAAUCGAAUCGUAAUCUAGUUGAUUGCAUAUACAGGCAGGAAAAAUAUAACUGGCAGCAAUCUUGAGCUGUAGCCAAACA